AUGCCUGUCUUCAACUUUAUUAGUAACGGAGAUGUUCUGUUCCACUUGCCAGUCCCGGGUUUUUGUUCCUUUCGCUAUGGACUCGCUCUGCUUCUGCACUUCGUUAACAUGGGGAUCAGUGGACAGCAUACAUGUCUGAGCCUCACCAUAGUAACCAUGGUGAACAGAACGGACACAAGUGGUGUGCCCAACGCAUCUGCAGGGCAGAAGCUGGACGACACAAAGAACCCUGUGUAUAACUGGAGUCCUGGUAUCCAGGGGGUCAUCCUUAGUUCUUUUUCAUACGGUGCAAUCAUAGCCUACAUUCCUGUUGGCUACCUGUCUGGAAGAUUCCCUGUGAAGAAGUGGAUUGGCUCUGCCGUGUUCCUCAGCUCUGUGUUCUCCCUGCUCACCCCAGGAGCAGCUCACCUUGGACCAGCUUUGUUUAUCGUGUGCCGAGCGCUCCAGGGACUAUCCCAGGGCAUAGUUAUUGCAGCCCAAAAUGCAAUAUGGGUCAAAUGGGCCCCUACCUUGGAAAGAGGCCGACUUAUCUCUGUGAGUUACUCAGGGUUCAAAUUGGGAUCAUUCCUGGUCAUGCUUGGAAGUGGAUUCAUCUGUGAUCUUCUGGGCUGGCCCAUGGUCUUCUAUAUAUUGGGUGCGUUUGGCUGUGUUCUGUCUCUUCUCUGGUUCAUCCUGUUCUAUGAAGAACCCAAGGACCACCCGUGGAUAAGCAUCAGGGAGAAGGAAUACAUCAACUCUUCUCUCGCCCAGCAGGUCAGCUCACGAAGACAACGUCUGCCAAUCAAGGCUAUGCUGAAGUCUCUUCCAGUCUGGGCCAUCACCCUCUCUGUCUUUGCUUACAUGUGGUCAGCCUCCCUCUUUGCUGUGUACACGCCAACAUAUCUCAGCACCAUGCUUCACAUCAACAUGAGAGAGAACGGGCUGCUGUCUGGUCUCCCACAUUUGUGUGCCUACAUCUGUGGUAUCGUAGCCGGUGAGAUGGCAGACUUCUUCCAUUCCAGGAAGAUUUUCAGCCUACUUACCAUCCGGAAGCUCUUCACCACAUUAGGACUCCUCCUUCCUGUGAUCUUCAGCCUGAGCCUGCUGGCCCCGGGCCUCGGCUUCCAUGGCACCGUCACCCUCCUGGUACUUGCCUCUGCAUCUCUCAACUUCUCUAUGGUUGGAGGAUUUAUCAAUGUUCUGGACAUUGCUCCCAGAUAUUACGGAUUUCUUAACGGGGUUGAAAUAUUAGUUGGAACAGUAGGAAGCAUGACUUCUCCACUUGCAGUUGGACAUAUUCUCAGUCAGUGGAUGGACUCCAAACUGGCUGAGGAGGAAGAGAGACAUCAGAUGGAGAAUCAGCCCCCUCCCCGCAAAGUGCCAGGCUUUUGUUCCUUUUGCUAUGGACUUGGUGUGCUUCUGCACUUCGUUAAUGUUGCUGUCAUGGCACAAGUAUCGUGUAUAAACCUCACCAUAGUAGCCAUGGUGAAUGGAACAGACACAAGUGGUAUGCCCAACGCAUCUGCACAGGAGAAGCUGGAUGACACCAAGAACCCUGUGUAUAACUGGAGUCCUGGUAUCCAGGGGGUCAUCCUUAGUUCUUUUUCAUACGGUGCAAUCAUAGCCUACAUUCCUAUUGGCUACCUGUCUGGAAGAUUCCCUGUGAAGAAGUUGGUUGGCUCUGCCUUGUUCCUCAGCUCUGUGUUCUCCCUGCUCACCCCAGGAGCAGCUCGCCUUGGACCAGCUUUGCUUAUUGUAUGCCGAGUGCUUCAGGGAAUAUCCCAGGGGACUGUUCAUGCAGCCCAGCAUGCAACCUGGGUCAGAUGGGCCCCUCCCUUGGAACGAGGCCGACUUGCCUCCAUCAGCUACUCUGGUGAGGACUCAAGGAUGGCUGCAUUCUAAUUUCAGCCCUUCAUAUCAUGUUCUUUCUGCAAGCCACAAAAAUAAAAUAUGUGUUUUGAAUUGCUAA